UGACAGGAUACAAUGUACUCACAUGUACAUAAUAAUCCUUAAAUACAGCGAAAAUGGGGCAGCUCUUAUGUCUGUGUAUCUUAUUCAUAUUUUACCUGCAUGAGCAAAUACAGCUAGUACAGGCCUCAAAGUGCAGACCAAAUAUUGUUUGUCCAGAUCAACAUUGCUGUCAUGGAGGAAGAAGAUGUUGCAAUCCCAAGCUGUACCACAUAUGGUGGUUUUGGUUUGGCGUGGUGGUGGCGUUGUUCCUGACAUUGAUUUGUAUAAUAGCAUGUCAAAGGCGAAGACAAAUGAGGAGGGAAUAUACCCGUAUUGAUUCUGCUGUAUACAGAGGGACCGCAUCGCCCCCAGGUCACUCUCUGUAUCCAAAGGAUGAUCCCCCGCCUCCUUAUCUCUCCACUUUAGCUGUAGAUCAGAAACCACCUACAUACCAGUAAAGAACUAACGAUGAUCUUCAACGAACAGACGAUUGUAUAUUCUUCUCUUUGACUACUAAUGUUGUCAUGUUAUUUCGAUGAAUAAAUUCAAAAAGAUUAAAUUCAAAUUUAUUUUUUACAUUUGUAAAAAGUAUCGUGAUACAUAUGGAUAUUUAGGUUUCUUCUGAAGGACUAUACAUAAUGAACAUGCUGAUAUAUAGUGUUGCGAUUGAUUUUUGGAAUAAUGUAAUGUAUUUAUGAAAUAGUGUUUACGUUCAUUUUGUCUCUACUAAAGCAUUGAAGUUUUAUACCUUAUUAAAAUAUUCUAUUUGGACAAG